AGGCGCUCGGCUCGAACGUGUACAGACGUCGUAGAGUCCGCUGCUUCCGGUGCCUUGCGCAAGGAUUCCAGAGAGCGCCCAUGUUCGGCGGGGGCCUCUUCGGUGGCGACAGGGGCCCAGGUGGCUUCUUCGGAGGAGGUGUUCCAGGCCGCUUUGACAACCAGUACCAAGUCUUCCCGGUGUCUUUCAUGGGCAAAGAAGAGCUCGAGAAGGGCAACAAGAUCAUCCUCCCGCAGUCCGCACUGGACCACCUGGCCCGGCUGAACAUCUCCUGGCCCAUGCUGUUCGAGAUGACCAAUCCAGCUACAAAUAGAUCUACACACGGAGGUGUACAAGAAUUCAUUGCUGAGGAGGGCACCUGCUUCUUCCCCUACUGGAUGAUGCAGAACCUCUUGCUCACAGAGGGUGAUUUAGUGCGAAUCACCAACACCACGCUGCCCAAAGGGAGCUUCGUCAAGCUGCAGCCAGUGCAUUCGGAUUUCCUGGACAUUCACAACCCUCGGGCGGUCCUGGAGAAUUCCUUGAGGAAUUUCGCCACCCUCACCGUGGGCGACUGCGUAGUGAUCGACUACAAUCAAAGGAAAUAUGAGAUCGAGAUUGUGGAGUGCAAGCCGGCGAAAGCCAUCUCCAUCAUCGAGGCGGACGUGAAUGUGGACUUUGCCCCGCCCAAGGACUACAAGGAGCCGGCCGCGCCGGUGGCCAGCGCUCAUGUGGCCGCCAAGGUGGAAGAUGCUCCGGAGCCGGUCCCGGAGGACACCGGUCCCAAGCUCUUUGGGGGCAGUGGUCAGCGGGUGGAUGGAAAGCCCAUCAAGACGCCCUUGGCCUCACCAGCCUCAGGGCCCGCGGCCGCCCCUGUCUAUGACGAGGAGGCGAUCAUGCCGUGGAUCAAGAGAAUACCGCGAGGCGUGAAAUGGACCUCGCCCCCCUAUGGCUACGGCGCGGGUCACAUGACCGGCGCCAAGGGAUGAAAGAGCUACGUCCCUUUUCACCGUCAUACCAUCGGACAGAGUCAUACUGAGAAAAGGAA